AUGGCCCAGAUGAGGAUAACGGUAUUUAGUGUGCGCCACGUGGAUCAGAGGUCCACACACAUCUGGCCGUCUCCACUGCACGCAGACAUGCUGACCACACUGCGCAGCCGGAGCCACAGCCUCUUCCACAGCUACCGGGUAGGCAGCGGGGGCUACGGCGGGGCAGCCCAGGACGGGAUAGAGAACCUGAUCCACUUCAACACCUGCCUCAAGCCAUGGAGCUCCCUACAGGAGGUGAGUCGGGACAUCUAUGACAUCUACGCAGAGUACGAACAUGAGGAAGACGAGGAGCGCUUCCCUGUGUCCCCCACCAAACACUUCAGCCUCAACAUCAACGUGGGCGGGACGGUGUACAGACUGCCCUACCAGCUGGCGGCACGUUACCCAAAGAGCCGCAUCGGGCGCCUUGCCACAUGCGCCGACCACAGCCUGCGCCUGGAGCUGUGUGAUGACUACAUCGUCCACAGCAAAGAGUUCUUCUUCGACCGGGACCCCUCAGUGUUCCACCACAUCUUCACCUUCUACCGGACGGGCGUGCUCUGGAUCAAAGAUGAGCUGUGUCCACGCAGCUUCCUGGAGGAGGUCAACUACUGGGGCGUGCGCAUCCGCAACACCCAGCGCUGCUGCCGCAUCUCGUUUGAGGAGCGCCAAGACGAACUCAACGAACAGCUGCGCAUCCAGAGGCUACUGCUGGACGAGGUGGCAGUGGAGGAGAAGGAGGACCUGUUCUGUGACAUGUGCUGUGGGCAGAUCCGCUGUGCCAUGUGGAACUUGAUGGAGAAACCCUUCUCUUCAGUACCAGCCAAAGUCAUGGCGGUGGCCUCUUCCAUGUUUGUGCUCAUCUCACUGGUCGCCAUGACGCUGAACACUGUGGAGGACCUGCACUUCCAGACCGCCUCAGGCCAGCUGAAUGGCCGCUUUUACGGGGAGAGCGUGGAGACCUUCUGCAUCACCUUCUUCACACUGGAGUAUGUGAUGCGCCUGUUGUCCACUCCUGACCUGUGCGCUUUUGGCCGCAGUGUCCUCAACACGGUGGACCUGAUCGCCAUCCUGCCACACUACCUGCAGAUGGGCCUGGAGCGAUUCGAGUACGAGGACCUCCACCUGGACUCAGAGGACAUCGAGACAGUGGGACGUGUGGGAAAGGUGGGCCAGGUGCUGCGGAUCAUGCGUCUCAUGAGGAUCUUCAGGAUCCUGAAGCUGGCCAGACACUCCACCGGCCUGAGGGCGUUUGGCUUCACGCUGCGCCAGUGCUACCAACAGGUGGGCUGUCUGCUGCUGUUCAUCGCAAUGGGGAUCUUUAUGUUUUCAGCCAUGGUCUACACAGUGGAACGUGACGUCUCUGACACAAACUUCACGUCCAUGCCCCACGCCUGGUGGUGGGCUGCGGCCAGCAUCUCCACUGUGGGCUAUGGGGACAUGUUCCCGGAGACGAAUCUGGGCAGAGUGUUUGCGUUCGGCUGCAUCUCCUUUGGCAUCAUCCUGAACGGCAUGCCUAUCUCCAUCCUCUACAACAAGUUCUCCGACUACUACACCAAGCUCAAGUCCAACGAGUACACGGCCAUCAGCAAGGCCCGCGGCAAAGUGCACUUCUCCCGCCGGGCGCUAAGGAGGCUGGCACGCCCUCGUAAAUACUGA